AUGCAAUUUGGGAUUGCAUUAACAACCUCUAAUUAUGAGAGUCUGAGAGAAAUAAUUCAGAUUGUAUCUCGUAGUCAAGACAACGUAUUCUUUAUCAAUAAUGUAAGAGGACCCCCACUUGCAGGAUCACAAAAAGAAAGACCAGCAAAGCCCACGGCAUUUCGCAAGUUUUAUGACAGAGGAGACUUUCCAAUUGCCGUUGAGCAUGAUACGAUAGCAAACAAAAUCGCCUGGAAGGUAGAGAUUGAAAAUCUGGACUAUCAUUACUUUCUGCCUUUGUUCUUUGAUGGGCUUUGUGAAACGAAAUUUCCAUAUGAGUUUUUUGCUCGUCAAGGAAUCCAUGACAUGCUGGAACAUGGUGGAAACAAGAUUCUUCCUGUCGUUCCUCAGCUCAUUAUCCCAAUAAAAAAUGCACUGAACCUUCGUAACCGACGCGUCCUCAUCAGCACACUGAAAAUCCUCCAGCACCUGGUGGCAUCAGCUGACAUGGUGGGAGAGGCCUUGGUGCCUUAUUAUCGGCAAAUUCUCCCAGUCCUAAACAUCUUUAAGCAUUUGAAUGUUAAUUUAGGCGAUGGAAUAGAAUACAGCCAGCAGAAGCGUGAAAAUAUUGGAGUUCUCAUUCAAGAGACACUGGAAGCCUUUGAACGCUACGGUGGAGAAAAUGCUUAUAUAAACAUUAAAUACAUGGUUCCCACUUAUUGGUCGUGCCUUUAAACUGAAUUAUAUUAAACGGGAUGAUUCCAUCUGUGUACUAAAAAAACUGUAUCUGACUCUGUAUGGUAUCUUGUUAGUCAUGCUUUAUUUUCUCUACAGCUGCUAAAAUAGUGGCUUCUGGGGCAUUAGUGUGUUAGCACUAUUGUGAACAAGGCUUUCCAAUACAUAAAUAGUGUCUGUUCCUUUGAUUACAAUGGUGUACUGUGCUUGUUUGUACCCUGAAAGAAUCACUCCUUUAUAACAGAGCUGACUCGAGCAGGAAUCUGAGUUAAACCUUCACUUGUAUAGACAAUAAAACUAUAAUUUUCAUACGCGAUUCA